AACACCCAACCGCGACCAGCCGAUACUCGAUCGCCGAUCAUCUCAGCAUCCGAGCCCGCAAGUGCGCCCGACGCCUGCAAUCAAGCAAGGGAGCACCACCCGCACGGCCUGUCUGCAUAUCGCCUGCUCAGUAGAGUGCUGGACCAGAACUACUGAAGCCCAAUCGCCUGUUUCGGCCACCAAGCACACCGCCUCGCCCAACAUGAUCUUCUCGUCGCUCCUGUCGUCGCUGCGAUCACCGUCCAUCGCCAACGGAUUCUCGAGAACCCUUGCUCAGAAGAGCCCGCUUGGCAUCGGACUCGUCCCAACCCCGUCAACAGCCCUCUCUCGUGUCUUUGCGCCCGUGGCGUCGCCGCUGACGCUCCAGACUCGGUCAAUCACCUACGGCAACACCUUCCAGCCCAGUACCCUGAAAAAGAAGCGCCGCUAUGGCUUCCUGAAGCGACUAAGGACCUAUGGUGGCCGCAUGAUUCUGAAGCGUCGUAUGGUCAAGGGCCGCUGGAAGCUGACCCAUUGAGGGACUCCCAGAGCAGCACCUCGAAACGGGAACCCCGCCCUAUUCGAGAGUGGUCUGUAAGGCAGUUUUGCAUCGCCGCAAUACACACAUUCUCAUUCAGCACAA